AUGGGGAAGAGAUGUGCCAAAUCCAGCUGUUUAGGCCAAUCCAAGGUCUCGCUCUCCUCGCUGGCAUUUUUGGCUGCGGGUGCCUCGCGGUGCAUCAGAUUGGGUCCUGUGAAGCGGAGGCCGGCCAUGGCGCCGCAAGUGCUGAGCCUACUGUUGGUGGUGUUAGUCUUGGCUUGUGCCAACUUGCGACCAGUUUCCUUCGUGGCUCCUGGCGGCACCAAUGUCCCAUUGGCUGUCGGAAGCAGAAGUUCUAGCAGUCUUCACUUCAAGCCAGUGACAUCGGGCACAUCGUGUAGCCCUGCGGCGGUGCUGUUGGGACUGACCAGCUUGGUGGCAGCGCAGUGCCGCCGUGGCAGGCCACACGGUUCUCGGCACGUACAGUGCAGAGCUACGGUCGCCCAGUGGAACAAGCGGGUGAAGCGCAUCGAGGGUGGCCGUGCCGUGUUCGACGUCACCUUGCUGAAGCCUUUGGGGCUGACGCCGAAGAACUUCCCCAACAGACCCGGCGUGGGCAUCGCCAAGAUCAAGGAAGGUGGCAAUACCGAGUUCUGGAACAAAAAGGUCUUGCUGGAAGAUGUUCCGGGAAUGUUUGUGCUUGAGGGGGAUGAAGUGGUGGGCGUGAACGACACCAUUUGUGAAGGGAAGGACUUGGAGACCGUGUCGAAGUUGGUGAAGGAAUCUCCAGGAGACACGGUGACCUUGAAGUUAGUGCGGAACUAUUUGACCGGACCGGUGAAGAUUGUUUGGAAGCCAUCCUUGAAGAUGGGCACCUACAAACGUGGAGCUCUCCUGCGGGCCUGCGAAGAGACUCUGGGUGCCAAUGUUCGCUACUCCUGCGAAGAUGGUUGGUGUAGUUCAUGCUGGCAUGCGGAAGACAAUUACAUGACCGUGUAUCGAAUUUGCAAGAUGGACGUUCCGGAGAAAUGGGAUAAUGUGAUGCCCUUCGUGUUGCUGAGCGCUCUCGAGGUGAAAAAUACCAAGGGUGUUCUUUGCAAGAACCUCAUGCAAGCAGAUGGUGUGAAGCCACCACGUCAAGAUGGGAAAUUGGGAUAA